AUGCCUUCUCUUCACGCCUCAGUCGACAAUGGUCUCACCAAGGGUGAUCCAAACUUCUCCGGUGGCAAACUUUACUGCCACUGCUCCUCAAAGAAGGUCGAAGUAACCCUCAAGAGCAACGUUGCGCACAACCACGCCUGCGGAUGCUCAAAAUGCUGGAAACCUGAAGGCGCACUCUUCUCCGUCGUCGGCGUCAUUCCCGUCGACCAACUAUCCGUCACCGCCAAUGGCGACAAGCUCCACGUCAUCGACUCGUCCGCAGCCAUCCAACGCAACGCCUGCAAGGAGUGCGGCGUCCAUCUCUUCGGACGCAUCGUGAAUGAUCAUCCGUUCAAGGGCCUAGAUUUCGUGCACACGGAGUUGAGCGACAGCAAGGGAUGGCAGGAGCCUCAAUUCGCGGCGUUUGUGAGCAGCAUUAUCGAGCAAGGUUUCCAUCCCAAGGGCAUCGAUGAGGUCAGGGAGAAGUUCAAGGCCGUCGGACUGCAGACGUAUGAUGUGUUGAGCCCAGCAUUGAUGGAUCUGAUUGCGACGUAUACGGGCCAGAAGGCGGGAAAGCUGCCUGCUAAGCUGUAA